UUGUAGCUCCGCCAUGGCCUCCUGUAAACCGAGGCGCAUUAAUAUUAUGUUGAAGCACAGUACGUAUUACUCCGCGAGGUACCCAUCACUAUUUAUAUGAUUGUAGUUAUUUGUUUUAAAAAAAAUUGAUAGACGUUUUGUCUCCUUUACAAUAUUUUUCAUCUAAAUUAUUAUUUUUUUUUUUUCGGGUCCUUGAGAUUCGGAGCCCUGAGAUUCUACUCCACCACCUCAAAUCAUUUGCCCUGACGAUGGAGCUCUACUCUGAAUACAAUAAAUCAUCAAAUCUGCGGAGAAGGUCCAGGGUCACAGUAAAGACACGUCUUGCAUCACUUUCCACAAAUAGUCAAACCUCUGAAGAUGACGUUGCUGACAAAAGCAAUCAGCUUCUUGAUGUGGAAGUUCCUUGUGCUGAAAUUUCAUAUUGUGAUGAUGAAGCUGCAGGAUGUGGUUAUCAAAAAGUGCAAAGUGGUGAUCACAGUGGUCAUGAUAUAGAGACUUUUAUGGAAAGUGAAUGCACAGAAGAGGCUUAUGCUGAGUAUCAUUUUGGUUGCCCUGACUGCCCUGUUGUCAGUGUUGAGAUGUCACCAUCCAUCUUUACCUAAAGAUGCCAAGACACUCCUCCAUACUAACAGAAAUUACAUAAUCAACCAAGUUGCAGGAGGUGCAUACUAUUACUUUGGGAUUGUCAGUUCUCUCACUCGUUUCUUGAACAAUAUUUGGGUAAAAAUUCCUGAUCGUCACACAGUCAGUCUACAACUAAAUUUUGAUGGGCUUCCAUUGUUCAAGAGUUCAGGUUUCCAGUUAUGGCCAGUUCUGGGGUUAGUGCAGGGAUUUUCUGUAAAACAAAAGCCUUGUUUGAUUGCCUUGUUUGGUGGCAAAUCAAAGCCACAUCCUGUGGGAGAUUACUUAAAAGAUCUUGUGGCAGAGCUAAAAAUCUUAGCAUCUGGCUUUACAUUUAAAGGGAAAAUAUUGUUCAUAAAAGUAACAUCAAUAAUAUGUGAUGCUCCUGCCCGAGCUUACAUUAAAGCCAUAAAAUCUCAUACUGGGUAUGCAGGCUGUGAUAAAUGUACAUCAUAUGGGCUUCGUCUAGGUAGCCGUAUGACUUUUCCUGACAGCAGAAGCCCUGCCAGAACAGAUGAAAGUUUCAGACUUCAGGUGGAUGAGGAACAUCACAGAGACAUUUCCCCACUUAUUGAGACUGGCAUUGGAAUGGUUUCUAUGUUUCCCCAUGAUUAUAUGCAUCUUGUUUGCCUUGGGGUCACAAGGAAGCUCCUAGAACUAUGGGCAGGCAGUACUGGUCCACUUAGGUGCCGUUUGCCUUUCAAGAAAGUAAAUCAGCUGUCAGAAACACUGAGGUCUUUCAAAAGUCACAUGCCCACUGAAUUUGCCAGGAAGCCCAGAUCUGUUGAAGAGAGACACAGAUGGAAGGCAACUGAAUAUAGACAGUUUUUGUUGUAUACUGGGCCAGUUGCGCUAUUUGACAUUCUUAGCUCACCAGUUUACAACAACUUUAUGUUGCUUUAUGUUGCAAUAUCAAUACUGGCAUGUCCAAAGCUCUGUGUGAUAUUUUGUGACUUUGCAAAGACCUUGCUUGUGUCUUUUGUGGAACACUUUGGACAGCUUUAUGGCAAGGACAAUUUAGUGUACAAUGUGCAUGGCCUUAUACAUCUCAGUGAUGAUGUAAAAAAGCAUGGCCAGUGGUUGGACAACAUCUCGGGGUUUCCAUAUGAAAACUACCUUGGUGAAAUAAAGAAAAUGAUCCGCAGCCCCCAGUAUCCAGUUGCACAAGUUGUGAGACGAAUAUCAGAGCUUGAAAAUGUAGUUUGUAGAUCAGACACACAAAAUGAAACCAAACUCAGAAAACCACAUUGUGAUGGUCCACUGCCAUUGCACAUCACAUGGCCAGUAAUGCAGUACAAAGAAGUUAGUCUUCCACACUUUUGUGUCAAGGUAUUCACAGGUGACAACUGCAUAUGUCAUGAUGGCGUAGUAGGUGUAGUCCAAAAUAUCAUUGAGUUUGGCGGAGAUCCAUAUUUGGUUUAUAAUGAGUUUACAAGUUGUGCAAGCUUUUUUGACUACCCAAUAAAUUCAGGUCAGUUGGGUGUGUUCCAACUCACUGACUUGUCCCAGGAACUAAAGUGUAUCAAGAUGAAUGAUGCAGUGACAAAGUAUGUACUCCUCCCAUUCAGGAACAAAUUUGUGGGCAUGCCAUUUCUCCAUUUGUCAUAACAAAUGAACUGGGGUUGUGUUGCAAGGUGAGCAACUGUUUACUGGGGCUGAGAAUCAUUUCUUAUACCUAUAUACCUUUUGAAAAUGUACUAAGAUUUAGUGUGUCUAUUCAGAUUUUUUACAUACUUCCUUAUGUUUUUUUUGUUUGCACAUUUGUAUUUUUCUUUUCUGUAUAUAACAUAACCUCAGUUUAUCAGGGCAAUAGAAUGUUGGAGUGUAUUUUCAAAAAUAAUCUGUUGCAGCAGUCCUAAAUGUAUGUAUAUGUGUAACGUAUAUAUGUAUUUGUGUUUUUUUUUAAUUGAAUUUUAUGGCUUAAUGUUUUAAAUGAUUUUGCAUGCAAUUCAUAUUAUUCCUUUCAAAGAUGAUGUACCACAUUGUUGAUUUUGUGGACACGGGAGACACAGAAGUUGUUCCAGCCUCAUGGGUUCAUAAUGGAAGAAGCUUCUGGCCUCCCUAUAAAGCAAGGGAGCAAUGCAACCGGGCCAUAGCGAGAGCAGACCCUCCCAAGGAAUUCUGGGAAAAGUACAACAUCCGCAUAAGGGCAACUAAAGAUACAUUUAGUGAGGCGCGACUUCUGCUCCCAAAGGCCCUGCUUACGUCAGAUCUUCAAACCGAAGAUGAAGAGGAUCAACGUCCAGCAUACAAGAGGCGGAAGAGAAGAGGCAUGAACAGAAUCUUUGAGUCAGAGAGUGACCAAGAUGACAAUGACGGCAGUAAUGAGGAAACCAGAGGGAAACGCACCAGAGCUCCAUUGGCCUUACCAACUGCUCCAACCAUUGGUCCUCCAGCUGUCACCAGUAGUGAACAGCCCAGAGGAAACCACACCAGGGCUCAAUUGGCCUUACCAGCUGCUCCAACCAUUGUUCCUCCGGCUGUCAUCACGCCAGCAAUUUUGCCUCCAACUCCCUCCAGACCAGAACUUUCUCCUUCAAGUUUCCAAAAUGCAGCAACCCCUCGUGUGCCCAGGGUAAACGACCAACUGAUGUGUGAGCCAAUUCUACGGGAGAUAUUAACAACAAUGGAGACCAUUAAGCAGCAACAGCAGAUUAUUUUGCUACAGUUGCAAAAUAAUCUUCGAAAGCCUAUAGAGGUGCCAGAGGUUACUGGAAUUCCUCUGAAAACACUGGAAGAACUCCUGAACCUUGAGCAGUCCGUUGCUGCACAGGGGGAACACAAACAAAAACUGGUAGGUGUUGAUAUUGGACAGAAAUACAAUUUUUGACACUACACAGUAUCUAUAAGAACAAAUCAUACCUCUUCUGUCACUC